AUGGAAUAUUCAAAGCUAUUUUUGCUGCUCUGUCUGGCAGUGGUGCUAAGUGCUGCAAAGGCAGUGGAGCAACAGGCAGAACUAGAGCCAGUUGAGGCUGUGGAGCAGCUGCUGGAGGUUAGCAAUGCAGCACAGCCAGAGGAAUCAGUGGAGAGCACGCGUAAAGUGCGUCAAUACUUUGGCCCACCACCGCCGCCGUACUUUGGACCUGCUUAUCCUUAUUAUGGAGGUGGUGGCUUCGCUGGCGGCUUUGCUGGUGGCUAUGGUGGAUUCCAGCGUACGCGUGUGGUAACUCGCACACGUUAUCGCGGCGGUUUCGGCGGCUUUGGUGGCGGCUUUUACGGCUAA